AUGAGCGUUGCGAUGCUGUGCGGCCGCGUGUCGGCCAUGAGCCUGAGCUCCAAGCGCGCGGGCAUCGCCGCUGCCCCGCGCGUCGCCGCCGCGGCGCCCUCGCCGGUGAUGCAGCGCUGCGCUGCGAUGGAGAUCAGCGCUGGGUACAAGCUGAAGACUAGGAAGGCGGCCGCGAAGCGCUUCAAGGUCACGUCGGCGGGCAAGAUCAUGCGGCGGCACCCCAUGAAGCAGCACAUCAACGAGAAGAUGAACGCCAAGCGCCUGCGGAGGCUGUCUAACGAGGAGGGCGUGGAGCUGGCGGACUACAACAACGUCAUCAAGUGCUUGCCGUACGCCGGGAUCAAGCGGAGCGCCGCCAAGAAGUAA